GUGAUAACGUUUGCGUCUGGUGGUCAGAAGAAAGAUUAAACCUGUUAUGAAUAAGCGUCAGAAAUUUAUUUCUGUCAUUUGACGAAGAGAAAGUAGUUUUCGUUUGUUCAAACUUGCAAAACUAAGCUUACUCUUAUUUUAAGCAAAAUUUCACAUUCCCGUUAGUUCCUGUUCCAUCUGAUGUAAUUUCCUGUUGGCACAAAUAAACAUGUCAAUGCCAAAAAUUAUUUUUAAUUUGGCACAGAAACAUGCUUGCCCCAUUAUUAAGUACAAUAAAGAUUCUCUUACUGUGCCAUAAUAGCUAAAGAAGUCUAACUUGUAAUAAGCUUAUCAUAGUUGAGUGUACGUGUUUGUUGCGGCUGUCACUUGGAAGUUAUACACCUUUUCCAAAAAAAAUCUGUCAUAGGAGCCUGCUAAUAGUGUAGGACAUAGAAUUUCCAGAUGUGUGACGAUGAGUUCAAAAUUUCGUCAGAAAUUCAUCUACAAAGCGAAGUGGACCGUACUGCCAAUCCUUCAUUGUCACAAGAAAAUGUGGUCACAAGAUUCACCUUCAGACUGUCAAAAGAUCUCUCAUUCAUUGAAGGACAUAAAGAUGCAGAGGUGGACGAAGACGGUGACUUCAUUUUGCAAAGGCGGGAUAGCACAUCACAAGAUGGCUUUUUAUUAAUUGAACAGAAAUCAUCAACACCAUUGGAACUAGUCGGCCUUCAAGUGUGGCGAGGUGCCCUACUGCUGUCUGAUUUUCUCCUGCACAAUGGCAAAACAUUGUUGAGUGGACACACAGUGCUGGAGUUGGGAGCUGGAGCUGGUCUCUCAAGUAUUGUGGCGGCCAUGUUUGCCCAUGAAGUUGUAUCUACAGAUAUUGACACAGAAGAAAUCCUUGAAUUAAUAUGGGCUAACAAAGAGCGCAACAAGAAAUGGAUAAAAUCAAAAUUUUCUGUUAUGGGAUUUGACUUUUUUGCUAAGAAAUGGAGUAGUGAACUGGAAGAAAAAUUAAGAGAAGUGACAACCAUUUUGGCAGCUGAUGUAAUUUAUGACAAUGAUUUGACACAAGCGUUUGUUGACUGUCUUGCUAAGCUCUUGGUAGUUCCACCAGCAAAGACUGUGUAUGUGGCUCUAGAGAAAAGAUUUGUGUUCACUGUGGCUGAUCUGGACUGUGUAGCACCAUGCUAUGAACACUUUCUGCAAUGCUUAUCAAACAUUCAGCGUAAGCCUCCUGGUUCUAACUGGACUGUGGAGCAACUGGCUAUAGAUUUUCCUCAAUAUUUUAAUUAUGAACGUGUUAAAGAACUUGUAUUGUGGAAAAUAAGCUCAUAGGAAAUAUUUGUUGUAUCAUAGAGUAGUUCAGCUUUUCUGACAAAGAUGAAUGAAACAGAUGAAUACUGAACAGCACAACACACGCACACACCUAAUGGAGUCACUUUAAAGGUGUAAUAAGAUGUGAUACUGACCAGUAACCUGCCUGUAUCUACUGGUGUAUUCAGCAUUUUUGAAAUAUAUUCUUUGUUCUUGAAUGCUCAGAGUGAAGUUGAAGUAAUGAAAUACCAGAUGAUACAGGAUUUGGAGAUAGCAAAAAUAAUGAGAAAAUUUAACAACACAUAAUUGGACAGUUGGAAACUUUAUUUGUUUCUAUAGAGAUUAUGAUGCUGUGGAUGUGAUUCAGAGAACAUACAUUUUGAUCAGAAUUCAUGUUUUACCACACCAUUCUGCAGUUAGAUUAAAAAUACAUAUUAUGUGGCAUUUCUAAAGACUCGUAAUAGAAGAUGUAUUAGGAAUAGACUUUGCUGAUAAAUAAGAGUUACUGCAUUUGGAAAAAUGUAGGCUAACUUUAUUAUUCAACUUGGUUUUUCUUUUCAGUAUAACAGUGACAGGUUACUUGGGCAAACAAAGCAAUCAGGUUUACAAAGUUUUGCCAUGUGCAUGUUUCUUUCCUCCAGCACUCCAAAUGCAAGAUCUUCCUCUUUAGUUCGAACUUGCCUCCCACAGCUCUCUUAAAUUAUCUUGCACUAAUCUCUUCUGUUCGUAUCUAUUUCCUAUGUUUCUCUGAUCUCCUCACUCUCCUCCCCUGGUAGCUGAGUGGUCAGCACGACAGAAUGUCAAUCCUAAGGGCCCAGGUUUGAUUCCUGGCUGGGUCAGAGAUUUUCUCCGCUCAGGAACUGGGUGUUGUGUUGUCCUAGUCGUCAUCAUUUCAUCCCCAUCGACGUGCAAGUACGGAAGUGGCGUCAAAUCAAAAGACUUGCACCCAGCGAAUGGUCUACCCGACGGGAGGCCCUAGUCACACAACACUUACAUUUUUACAUCUCCUCACUUCCUUCUCUCCUACUCACUUGAAAUUUCACAUACUACUCCAUGCAUUCACUUACAUGUUUGUUCUGUACAUUCUCUUUCCUUCAUUUGACUUCCUCUCUCAAUUUAUUUUUGGUCAUUACGUCUUUUUUGACAAAUGCUUAAGUUGUUUCUGCCUUGUGUCAUCAUUUCUGUGCUAUCUUCUCUUUAUAAGCAUUGUGUUACCCUCUUGGUGUAGUUGCCUUUGUUGGGUAUCUGAAUAACUUGUCUUUAUCCAUACAAGAUUUUAAAAUCUCCAGUUGCUUUGCCCCCAUCUUCUUCCUAGCACCAGAAAAACAGAUUUCUUUCCAGACGACUGACUUUUGUAUAGUUUUAAUGUAAUUAUUAGCCCUUGUUUUUUUGUAACAUUGAAACAAUAUAGAAAUUUUAUCAACUUUUAUCUUGAUUUGCAUGAAAGAUUUUCAUCUGUUUCUCACUUCCUUUCCCUUCUCCUAGUUAAGUUCCACAGUAUAAAGAGGAAUGGAUCAUAAGUAAUCAAAUCCAUUAUGGAUAGCACUGUGAUCAUAUAUAUGUUGCUACACUUGUCAGAUUUUCUUCUAGUUUACAGUUGUUUUAAGAUUCAUUAACAGUAGCUCUUCAGCUUACCAACCUAUUUCUGUAAAUACAUUGCAGUCAUGCUCCUAGCUAUCUGGCUGGCAUAUUCAAUACAAAUCCUUCACAUACUACGCUUUCCUUCCAUUGUGCUUUUUAAUAUUGUAAUCCUAUGUCUCAGGAUGUUCUCCAUCAAGACAUGCUUUCUUCUUUUUGUGGUGUUGCACAAUUCUGGUAUGUUACUGACUUUUUGUAUGACUGCUUGAUUGAUUUUCUCCUCUCUGCCCAUGUUAUUCUUAACCAUUUCCUAUAGCUUUCAACAGACUACUUCAAUUUACAUUUUCAGUAUAUCUCAUUGUAUAUGUCAAAAGUAUGUUUCAGACUAUAGUCGUCAUCAAUUGCUUUUUCAGUGUCAGUUUGACAUCAUUUGAUGUGGAGAGGCCUUUUCUGUUGUAAAAUGUUGCCUACUGCUAACUUAUCCAUACUUCAUAAGCAGUUGAUAUUCCAACAUUUCGUCUGGUAUUCUUAUUCAACAAAUAAUCAACCUUACUGCUGCACUUGUCACAACUUACUGGUCUGUGUCUUAUUCAGUUUCAUAUUGAAGAGGGCUGGAAGAGUAAUUUUCAUGACUUCCAGUAUGAGUAUACUAUUUAUUCACUAUAGAGUGAGGUGGAACAAUGGUUAAGAAAAUGGAGUCAGGAUUUUUGUGAGUUCUCUGUCAUAUAAGGCAAAUGCUGGGAUGGUUCCUUUGAAAAGGCUUGGCUUCCUCACUCUUCCCCAGUCUGAGCUUGUGCUCCAUCUUCAAUGACUUCACUGUCAGUGGGAUUGAUGUUGUUGUUGUCUUCAGUCCGAAGACUGGAUUGAUGCAGCUCUCCAUACUGCUCAAUCCUGUGUGAGCUUCUUUAUCUCUUGAGUAACUCCUGUAACCUACAUCCUUCUGAAUCUGCUUACUGUAUUCAUCUUAUGGUCUCCGUCUAUGAUUUUUACCUCCCACACUUCAAUGGGAUAUUAAACCUUAUUCUUAAUUCCUUAUAAUUAUAUUUACUUUAAGUCAUUAGCUGCACUACAAAUUGCAUAAUAUCCACAUUUUUGUCUUAAUCUUAGUUUCUUUUCACUCAUUCUUUCAACACUGAACAAAAUGAAUGACAGUUAACAUCUGCUGUCAGAUUUCCAUUUCCUCGCUGUAGCAACUUCUCUUUAUAAUAAUUUAACAACACUCUUCUAUCUUUGUAAUUAAAAAUACAGAGAAUACUUGGCAGAGAGGUGAUGGAUGAUACCAGGUGGCACAGAGAGAGGCCAAGAAUGAUGAUGCAGAUACAGUGUAACUAAAUGUGCAUUUAAUCAAGAUUUGCACAUACCAAUGCCUAGAAAGGUAGGAGUGCUACUGGGAAACUCCAAGAAGUUUAUCUUCAUUCAUACCACAGAAGACUUUUUCACUUUAAGUUGAUAAGACAAUGAGGCACUGAAAGAAAAGUGCACAACUCGGGUAACAAUGAACAUCAGUUAUUAAGUUUUGUAGUUGAUAUUUAAUGUUGGCCCAUACAUAAAGAGGAUAUAACAGAUUACAUAGCAAAAAAUCUGGCAUGUUGUUAAAUAAAGAAAAAUAACAGUAGCAGGAAAAAAUUAUAUAACUUUCAAGGAAGCAAAAUUGAAAAAUUGCAGCAGAACAUGUGAACUUAAUACUGCUAGAACUAUCAAGCAAAUUACUCUAGCUCAGUUAAAUGGUAGAAGCUUGACAAACAUACCCAUACAAUGGAAGAAAGGUUCUUUACUGAGAAGUUAUAUUGGGCCAAACCUAUGACAUGGAUCAAGAAGGAGAGCAGACGUGUUCAAAUGUCAGAUAUAGACAGUACUAAAAUUUAAAAUAGCAGCUACCAGAUGCAUUUUGUGUGUAGUUCUCCAGAAGGAAUUCCGGUUAAGUGUAAUUUAGGGUAAGUAAAGGCACAAGUCUAUGAGAAAACUUGUACCAUUUGAAAGGAUCACUAAAAGAGAGAAAUAUGGAGCACGAAAUUGUGAGAGAAAACAAAAGUAAAUGUCAGGAGACUGUGUGAAACUAGAAAGAGAAUUGAAGUGCCAUCUAAGAGGUCAAUAGACUAUUGGAUCAGGAAAAAUAGUAAUGUUUCACAAUGUUCUUUUUCAUUUUGAUUACAUAGUAACAUUUAGUCCCCAUUGGCUGUCAUUAUUGAUUCUUUCCAGCACGCCACUGAAUGCCAACACAGUUCUGUAACAACAGUUCCUCGUCAUCAGUGAGACACUGAACAUAAAAUAUGGAUUUUUUUCUGAUUUAACAUCUACUAUUCUUGACUUGCUGUUGGUUUCACAUUUUGCCUCUGUUUUAAACAACUCCGUGAUAUUGUAUGUUGAAACAUUUGUAUGCCUUUAAAAAAAUCCUUUUGUCAUAAAUGUUUUGAAGUGAUCUUAACUUGUAUUGUGUUUAAUGUGGUGUGCCUUAAUGAAUUUUUUUUGUUUAGUAUUGGUGCUGAUUGUUUAAUGGAGUGUUUUCCAAAUCAUACUUAUUUCUCACUAAAAUGACAGAAAGUGAUGUGUGGUGUGCUUGAGCUCUGAAUAGAAUUGCUUUCAACUCAGGAUACUGCUUAAUAGGUUCCAUAUGUUGCAAUUCAUUUGAAAUACUAACUCUAUCUUAAUUUCAACUGUUACGUGGAAUUUGAUAAACAUAUUUAAAUCAUUGCAGAUAGAUUACAUAAUUUUCAUAUAAUCUACUUUUUCAUAAUGAGUGUGUGUGUAUUACGAGAGAAACAUCACAAAAGUUGCAACUUACAGUGUUUGUCAUGAUAAAGACAGGACUACAAAUCAGUCAUGUCAUAUGAAAUGUGUAUAGUACAAUAAGGAAAACAGUAUUAUACAAGCAUCUGCAUUUUGCUUUAA